ACUAAACUGAAUGGCCACUAAAAUAAAUUAAGAUGGAUGCAUUGUAGAGAACAUAUAACUGAUGCAUUUUUUGUAUUUAACUGUCCACUUUAUAUGUUUAUACAAAAUUUAUGGACACACAAACUAAUAAUUUUAACCUAUUUAAUUUUCUAAAUAUAAAAUCUUGCACAAGUUCAAAAUUCAGCACUACAAACAAUGUUUAACUUCUUUUUAACAAUGAAAACACAAAUAUGAAAAUUAAUUUUCUAAACAAAAGUUUAAAACAAAAAAUUUACCUGCUUUUUGAAAGGGCGGGUCAGAAUCUAGUUGUAACUUAAUUCAGUUAAUUGACACAAACAACUUACGCUUUACGUAAUUGCCUUUUAAAUUUACAAAAGUAUUUUACAACAAAAUUAUAAACUUUUGAAAAAUGCAAGUUAUUUUCACAUCCCAACACAAACACAAACUUUUUUUUAAACAAUCAAGACCGUAUACUAUAUGCAUGUACGAUCAAUCUUACAUGACAAUACUGUAUACAUGUGUAUGUGAUAGUUAUAUUGAUGCUGAUUUACAUCUUAAUCUUGCAGUUUGAAGAGUACAGCAAGAUGAUUUACUUAGAUGCAGACAUACAAGUCUAUGGCAAUAUCGAUGACCUCUUCGAUAUGGAAGACGGUUAUCUACGCGGCGUGUUGAGUUGUUUCUGUGAGAAAAUAUGGAGCUACUUGCCUCUAUACUCGAUCGGGUGGUGUCAGUACCGUUCAGCGGUUACGUGGCCGGCCGAGAUGGAAUCUCUUCCUCCUCCUCCAUACUUCAACGCAGGUAUGUUUGUUUUUGAGCCUAACCCUUUGACAUAUGAAAGUCUCCUUCAUACCCUCCAGAUCACACCACCUACACCAUUUGCGGAGCAAGAUUUUCUCAAUAUGUUCUUUGCGAAAGUUUUUAAACCGGUCCCUCCGGUUUACAACUUGAUUUUGUCUGUGCUUUGGCGUCAUCCGGGAAGCGUUAACCUGGAGACAGUCAAAGUUGUUCACUACUGUCCACCUGGAGCCAAGCCAUGGAGGUACACAGGAGAAGAGCCUAACAUGGACAGAGAAGACGUAAAAAUGUUAAUUAAGCAAUGGUGGGAUAUUUAUAACGACGAAUCCCUUGAUUUUAAAGCGAAAAGCGCUGCCGAUUUGAAAGAAAAUCUGUCUACAUCAACAAUCAUAGCUUCAGUACCCGGACCGUCAGUUACAUAUUUGUCUCCUCCUGCACCUUCCGCCGCUUGAAAAAUCUUAAACAAGAGAUUGUGUUUGAAGGUGUGAUUUGGCUUGUUUUUGAAUUAUUAUGUUGGUGUGUUUUGAUUCUCAUUUUCUAUAUUUUAUUUGUGGUUUGAGUUAUUUGGUAUAUUAGUCUACGCCUAUAACGUUUUAUUGCAAAUUAUAAAACUUCAUAUUUGUAUCUGUGUUUAUCUACUCAAUAAUAUACUAUUAGUAUAAGAAACAGUAGUAAAAAUAAUCGUCUAUAGCACUAUAGAUUUUUUUAUGGGUAUAUGAAGAGUUAACCACGAAAAGCCGCGAAAAAAUUGUAGCUAUAUGUUCGUAGCCAUUUUAAAUCUUACUAAUCAGAGUCGAAAAACCACGAUUUUGUCACGAAAAUAUCGUAACUAAAAUGGUCAUGUUUUGUCACGAAAAAUAUUGUACCUAUCCUAUCAAUAUCCUUUUGAUUUUCUUUCUUACAUUACCCAAAGAGAAUCUUAAUAUGUUAUAUUUAUGUUCCGUCCUAAUGCACUUGAGCGAAGAUGCACUCUGCAAAACUCUGAAGAGUUAUAUUAUCUCAACAAUAUUUUGCUAAUGAUUCAUAUUUGUAAAGUUAUAUUAUGUUUUCAUGAUAGUAACUAUAUCUUGACGCUCACUGACUAACUUCCUAUAAGAAUGUAUCUAGGUGCAUUACCAUUUUAGAGUAAUAUAUAUUUCACGAUGAUGACUAUAAUUUGCAGUUUUUUCUUCUCAAAUCUACACAAAAAGUGGUAUGCUCAGCAAAGCGUGAUAUAGGAUAAAGAUUUAUCCAACGCAUUAUAGAUCUGCAUGGGAGAAUAUACUUUUGAAACCUUUCCCGAUUAUGUAAUUUUAAAUCGCUACUAAUCCACUUCUUCAGAUGUAUAUAUACGUAACAAUAAGCUAUUGCAUGCUAAAUAUGAUUGCAGACAGUCCUCUUAAACCUGAUUGGCUGAAAAGCAGUUCUUGGUUUCAAUAACUUGUAACCGGAUCUUCAUUAAUUUUUUAAUGACAUUUACAAUUUAUCAACAAAAAAAGAGAGAAGCUUUACCUAUUUGAAUGGCCAGAAGGAGUUUUUCCAGAUAGACCACAAUGAUUUGUAUCCAUAUCUUCUUGUUAAUAUUGGCUCUGGCGUUAGCAACUUAGCAUGAUCAAGGUUGUAUUAUGGUUUGGCUUUCCCUGAGCACUUAUAUUUGUUUCAUUGUUUGCAACUACAAAAUAUUGGCUCUAGCGUUAGCAUGAUCAAGAUUGUUCUUGUCUAGGUCGAUGGAGAUGGAAAGUACGAGCGAAUAAGUGGAACACGCCUUGGUGGAGGUACACUUUUUAGGUCUUGGAAAGCUUUUAACAAAAUGCAAGAGUUGACUUUCUUAUGUCAUUCUAUUCAUGCAAUUUCCUCCUUUCCUGAGUAACUAAUAUCUCUCAGUUUCAGUUACGAUGAGCUGCUGGAGUUAAGUCACCAUGGUAACAACAGAGUAAGUGACAUGCGUCUGGGGAAUAUCUAGGGUGGAACAGACUACUCAAAGGCAAUCUGAUUAACAUUGGUUGGUUUUGCUGAAACAUCUGCUUAUGUUCUGGAUUGGUAUCAUUACAAGGAAUAUUCAUUCUCCCUGGGUAGAUUAGUCUCUCCUCAACAGCCAUCGCUUCCAGCUUCAAUGGCAAAGAACUCGAAGAGUAUCAGCCAGACGAUGUAGCAAGAUCCCUUCUAAUAAGAAUGAUAUCAAAAAAACAUUGGUCAGGUGUCUCUUGCAAAACAUUUCCAUGCACUUUACAGUAUUCGAAGCCAUUGAUGUCCUUCUGACAAGAUUGUAUCGUUCUCUCUGUCUCUGUCUCUACAGAUUACUUACUUGAAUGCACGAUUCGGUCUUAAGCGUAUUUUCUUUGGUGGGUGUUCCAUCUGCGGGCUUGUGUACACCAUGGAUACAAUAUAUGUUGCUGUUCAUUUUAGGUAACUACAUAAUAGAUCAAAGUUUAUGUUUGUAUCUGAUGAGUUAGGAUUUUCGGUUGAUUGUAUAACAAGGAAGCCUUCGCUAGGUUCCUCGACAUCCAUCCUGCAUUGAUUACCUCCUGUCUUUGUGACGAGGGGUUCCUAGGACUUUGUGCCGUAUUAAUUGCAUAGCGUCUUCGAGAUGAAAAUUCUCCAAUCUUCAUCCAAUGAGCAAGGUUCCAAGAUCUGAUCUGGAUAUAUUAUGAGAUGUGCCUUUGGAAAAAGCUGUCUUUAAUAUAUUAAACUCCUUUUCUUUAAUAUUCAAAAAAAAAAAAAAGCUGUCUACGUACCCAUAUCGGGAUCAAGCCAAACGUAAUUCUUAGGUAAUAUCUUGUCUUUGGCAUGAGGUGUGGCUGUCAGAGGGAACUCCUUGUUUAGCUGGUCAUCUUAGUCUCUCUUCUAGUUAGGAAGCUAGAACAGAGGUCUCUUCUUCAAGUUGGCUUUUAGAUUUCUCUUAUAGCUAGGCAGCCGGGAGAGAGAUCUCUUUUUGAAAUAGGGUUUUAGAUCUUUUUUUGUAGCUAAGAGCAUUUCCAACCCAAGACCUCAUUUUAAGGGGAGCAAAACCUCAAAAUGAGAAUUUGAAGGGUGGUUACUCCAAUCAUGAAUCCUCAAAAAAAUCCAUAAAUCUUUUUUUUUUGCAUUAUAGUCCUUGACAUUAACAAAAAUUACUAAAUAAGAAUAAAACUUUACAAAUACAUAUAA